AUGACACCCAGCACAGGCCCAGUUGUUGCCAUUGCCGGAGCCACCGGGCACCUCGGCAAACAUGUCACAAACGCCUUCCUAUCAUCAGCAUUCUACGACAAAUUCUCCGAGAUAGUGCUCCUGUCAAGAAAAGAGCCAAACCUCCUGCAGCCAUCCGAAGUCCGGGCCGGCGUCAAGGUCACAACCCGGACAUAUAACGAAAACAGCCUCGAACAAGCCCUCGAAGGCGUGCAAAUCCUCGUCAACACCAUCGGGCCCGAAGGCCACGAUUUCAAAACCAAGAUCGCAGCCGCACUGCCUCGAACAGGCGUGCAGGUAUACUUCCCGUCUGAAUUUGGCGUCGAUCAUUACGGACACGACUUCGCCCACUUAGAGUGGUACGAGAAGAAGAAACAUCUAGCGAAUGCGCAGCCCGUCGUAACACACAUGAAAAUCUGUCGAAUAUUCUGCGGUCUAUUCCUCGAAGACAGUAUUGGGCCUUGGUUCGGUCUCGACACCAAAAACGGGAAAUAUACCAGUGUGGGGCCCCCGCAUUCGCCGAUCUCGUUUACUUCGCUUCAGGACGUGGGGAAGACUGUUGCGUCGCUGGCUACUUUGCCGGAAGAGAAAAUCCCUGAGAUUGUACAUUUGGCUGGUGAUACUCGCUCUGUUGCUGAGGUUGCGUCGAUCAUGCAGGCUGCUGGUGCGGGGCAGAUUGAUGUGGCGGAGAUCCCUUACCAGACGUACAAGGCGCAGACAACGGCUGAGGCCUCGUGGGACCCCGCUGCUUAUUUGCGGUUCUUGAUGGGGGAUGGGAAUAUCAAUCAUUCUGCGGAUGGUUUGGGGAAUGAUAAUGAAUUGGUUAAUCCGGGUCAGCGACUGUGGAAGUGGAAGACGUUAGAGGACUUGGCGAGGGAGACCAAAGGGCGACCGUGGAAGGACACCGUUUGGCCUCCUAAGUAA